AUGUCAAGGUAUCUGGGGCAGGCGCUCAGCACGCGCCCCGACAUCCUGCCGCCCGAGUACUGCGCUGAGCUGGCGCUGCUGCAGGACCGCAUGGCGCCCUUCCCCUGCCACGUGGCGCUUGCUACAGUGCAGCGCGAGCUGGGAGUGCCGCCCGGCGACCUCUUUGCCGAGUUCAGCCCCGCCCCUGUGGCUGCUGCGUCGCUGGGGCAGGUGUACAAAGCCCGUCUGCGUUCAGGCGAGUGGGUGGCGGUGAAGAUCCAACGGCCAGCAGUGCAGCAGCAGAUCGCCCUGGAUUCCCUCGUGGUGCGCCGCGUGGCAGCGCUGCUGCAGCCCCUCGUGCACGGCAGAUCCGAUCUCGUUGCCAUCGCCGACCAGCUGGUGUGUCGCAUGUUCGAUGAGGUGGACUACGAGCAGGAGGGGCGAAAUGCAGAGCGCUUCCAAGCGCUCUAUGGCGACCACGGCGCUGCCGAUCCAGAGAAAAGCAAGCACUCUCGGGGCACUCGUCGUGGUCUUGUGAAGGUUCCGAGAAUUUUCUGGGAGUACUCCAGCCGCCGUGUGCUCACUAUGGAGUGGAUCGAUGGCAUCAAGCUCACAGAUCGAGCAGGGCUGCUGCAAGCUGGCCUCGACACACAAUUUGUCGUGGACCUGGGAGUGCUCUGCUCGCUGCGCCAGCUGCUGGAGGAGGGCUUCUUCCACGCGGACCCGCAUCCGGGCAAUCUUGUGGUGACACGUGGCGGCCAGCUGGCGUACUUUGACUUCGGCAUGAUGGGCGAGCUGCCACCUCAGCAGCGAAUCAGCAUCAUCCGUGCCGUGGUGCACUACGUGAAUCGUGACGCCCAGGGUCUGGCGCACGACUUUCGAGCGCUGCACUUCAUACCGCCACAGGCAGACGUGGCACCCGUUGCUGCGGCUCUUGCAGAGGUGUUCCGUGAAGGGGAGGAGGCGAAGAGGGGGGGCAGCACGAGCAGUAGUAGCAUAAGCGGCAUGGACUUUCAGAUGAAUACUCCACCCUCUACAUCGAGCCUGCCGCCCCGCAACUAUCGCAUCCUCUCUGUUCCUCGGAUCACAUGUCACCAUGCACUCUCAUCCCUCCCCUUCCCCGCCACGCCAGGGGGUCAUCCUGCGUCUCUCCUCAGUGAUGUACCGCUUCCGCUUCAGCCUGCCGCCACACCUCUCCCUCGUUGUGCGCGCCCUUGGCUCACUAGAAGGCACAGCCACAACGCUCGACCCCAACUUCAAGGUUCGGCAUGCCGUUCUGUCUCUAUGGCAUGCCGUUCUGUCUCUAUGGCAUGCCGUUCUGUCUCUAUGGCAUGCCGUUCUGUCUCUAUGGCAUGCCGUUCUGUCUCUAUGGCAUGCCGUUCUGUCUCUAUGGCAUGCCGUUCUGUCUCUAUGGCAUGCCGUUCUGUCUCUAUGGCAUGCCGUUCUGUCUCUAUGGCAUGCCGCGCUGCUUACAUUGAUUCAAAGUUGCUCUGGCCUCAUUCUGCCGCUUUGACAUGUGAUGCCGUGCCGCCCGUGGUGGCAACAGCAUACCCGUUCAUCAUAGCGCGCCUCCUCUCAGACCCCUCACCAGACAUGCGGGCCAUUCUGCGCCAGAUGCUGCUCUGGCCCUCGGGUGCCAUUCGAUGGCAGCGCCUGCAGCGACUGGCGUCCGUGCUCUCCAAGCCAUCCCCACAGCACUCCACUGGGUUGGAUCACAACUCUCCUAGAGAAGCUCAGGAGGGGAGAACAGGGGCACGUGUUUCUGCCGAGGAAAAGCAGCAGGCAACCAUCAGUGGGGGGGAGGAGAGGCAGGGGGGACAGAGGGAUGAGCUGAGAGAAGGGGUGGAUGAGGCAGCGGUGGUGGCGGCAGCGGGGGAUUUCCUGGCGUAUGUGAUGUCGGCCGAGGGCAGCCGCACGCGAGGGUGGCUUGUGCUUGAUGCUGUGGCUGCAGGGCAGCGGUGGGUGGAUCAGACGGUUGCGUCGACUGGGAAGGGGUCUGAGGAGGCUUUUCAGGCGCCUCAGAGAUUGGCUGCAGGGCUGCGAUGGGCGGACGAGAAGGUUGGGUCGGCUGUAAGAAGGUUUUGGGUGCAGUGGGAGGAGGAGGUGGGGAGGAGGGAGGGGAGGAGAGCGACGGGAAGGAAGGGAGAGGUGAGGCAGGAGGGGAGGGGAGAAAGAGAAGGGGCGGGAGAGGUGGGGCAGGAGGGGAGGGGAGAGAGUGGAGGAGAGGGAGGAUCAAGGAGUGGCAGUGUGAGUGGGUCUCCUGGGCACCGGGGAGUAGGCACUGUGAUGGCUCAGGGGAGAGAAACAGGACAGGCUGCUGCGGAUCAAGACAGCAGGUCUAGCACGGGAAAGGAGCAGGCGCCUCCUGUGGACCCAUUGGGCACACUGGCAGCAGCAAUGCAGCGAGCACCGGAACUGUGGGUGCCGCUGCUGGUGGAGACAGCAGGCAGGGCGGAGGCCAGGGAGAUGGCGGGCAGGGUGGUGCGAGGGGUGGCUGCCCAUGCCGCCGACUCUGCUGUUGAGAGCGCACUGCUUGCCGUGUCACGCUGGCUACACUCCAAGUAG